UUUUUGCCAAAUUUGGCUAACUUUCACUCUUGGUUCUGAAGCUCCUCCGUUUCUUUCGCCCUUUCUCCCUCCCUUUCUUUCAUUCACAGAAACUCAGCCAAAAAACCCUAGCACUGUAAGGCUACACCACCGCCGUCCGUCCAUCUAUCUAGCUUCCCUCGUGCUCCAAGUCUUCAACCCCUGUUCGCUGUCACCGAUCGCAGCUGCUUCCUCGAGUUCGGCGUCGUCUUUGUCUGUUCAGCCGCGCUUCCGCCGCCGUUUGUUUGCCGUUCACGUUCUCGUCUUCGUUCAGCCGUCGUCUUCGUUCGCGUUCUUCGCUGUUCAAGUUUGCUCGGCGUUCACCGUUCGCGUUCACUCGCCGUUCGCCGUUCGGGUUCGCAUUCGCGUUCGUCUGGAAGCCACGUUGCUCUACUUCAAACUCUGCGACCAACCCGCGCGCUCCACCUAGCCGUCGAACUGCUCUCUUUUGUCGCCGCCUUUCGAGUAACUGCAGCUGCAUCAACCACCAUGGAUCCUCAACCUCCGGCCACUGCAGCACCAACAACCACCGCCCCCACCGCUGCCGAACCCUCGCCACCACAACCUCCUCAACCUUCACCACCACCACAAUCACAACCUUCACCUUCUCCUUCUUCUUCUUCUUCGUCUCUCCCUCCAUCUUCUUCUUCAGCUCCCCCAAAUCCAAACCCUACCUCCGUACAAAUCCCAACAACAACCUCCAAACCCCUCGCACCAUCCCCAGCCCCUCUUCAACCUCGCCACCCUCCUCCUUCCUUCAGCCGCAACCCGCCACCGCAACCGCAACCACCGCAGCAGCAUCAGCCUCACUCUCACUUCUCGUCACUCCCUCCUUCCUCUGCCGCUGCUCCUCCUCCUUCGCCAUCCUCCGCCUCUCCAUCCGUUUCUGCCGCUCCGCGUGGCGGCAUGGCGAUCGGUGUACCCGCACACCACCAGAGCCCUUCCCCUCCGCCAUUCUCCUCUUCCUUUGGUCAGCAUUUCGGUGGUUUGGGCCGAACCGGAGUUAGUGUCGGAGAAUCUGCCUCCAAUAACGCAUCUUCUCAGGUGAGACCACCAAUUCAAGGAAUGGGAAUGUUGGGUUCGCUUGGAUCUGGAUCACAAAUGCGGCCAGGUGGGAUACCUGCACAUCAACAGAGACCUGUUCAAUCAUCUCUCAGACCACCACCCCCUGCACAGAAUAGUCCAACUACUGCUUCGCAAAGCUUCCAAGGGCAUGGACUUAUAAGAACCUCAUCAGUGGGAACACCUGCAACACCAUCUCCAAGUGUACCUCAAAAUAUGCAGUCACUUAAUCAGCCGUGGUUGUCAUCUGGACCACAGGGGAAGCCUCCUUUGCCAACCUCUUAUAGGCAGCACCCGCAGCAAGUGAACCCACCAGCGUCCUUGCAGCAAAGGGCCCACAUUCCUCAGCAGCAGCAGUCUACACCAACAGCAUCACAGCCGCAGCCAUCUUUGCCAUCUAAUCAAUCACAGGAGCAUUUUGGGCAACAAGUUCCCCCAUCAAGGGCUCCACAUGUCCCUCAGCAGCAGCAGGUUACAAGGCUACAAGUCCCGGGAAAUCAGAAACCAACUCUUGUGUCUGCUCAAUUCGCUGCUGCUCAACCAGGAAUUCAAAGUAGAUUAGCUACUGUGGAUACUGAUGAACCUUGUAAUAGUGUUCUCAGCAAAAGAAGCAUCCAUGAGCUAGUCAGUCAGGUUGAUCCAGCUGAGAAGUUGGAUCCUGAUGUCGCAGACAUUCUUGUUGAUAUUGCAGAAAAUUUUCUAGAGUCUAUAACAAAAUCUGGUUGCUCCCUAGCCAAGCAUCGGAAAUCAACAACUUUGGAAGCAAAAGACAUACUUUUACAUCUAGAGAAAACUUGGAAUAUGACACUUCCUGGAUUUGGUGGUGAUGAAAUUAAAAGCUACAAAAGACCGGUUGCAAGUGAUAUUCACAAGGAGCGACUAGCGGCUAUAAAGAAAUCAAUGGUAGCAGCGGAGUCAGCACAUGCUAGGGGCUCUGCUGGCCAAACAUCCGGUGGCGCAAAGGGUAGCCAGGCAAAGGCACCCUUGAAUGUCCUUGGCUCUCCCAACCCUAAAAACUGACGAGAGAUGCAGAGUGUUUAUGUAUUACACAAUUAAGGAGAAACCCCUUCGGACAAUUUAAUAUAAUAUUAAUUAUUUAAUAUUAAUAUAUUAAUUGGUAGUAUAAUUGAUAAAUAGGACAAUACUAUUUAAUUUAAUUUAAUUGAUAUUAUCUAUAUAAUUUGAUUUAUUUAAAA